GGACCGCUUCGUAAAAAACCACUCAUAGACACUAUGUGCCCCUUUCUUGACUGAAUCACUAUGUUGGAUAGCCUCUGACAUCGCCUGACCCCAUCAUCUCUAGUCGAUUGGACUUUCUUAUCUCUGUUUACUUCUUCCGGGGCCCCCCUGUUCACUUCCAACUGAUACCCUUGAUUUGUUUAUAAACACACUCUUCAUUAUCUUUCUGUGCUUUUCGACCUUAGAGACGUUUAGUCACAACAUAACGCGAAAAUGGAUGAUGCAUCGGAGCCCGCUGACAAUGCUAUGCAAGAGCAUCAUAUUGUCAAGGCAGAUGAAGUUGACCAGACGGGAACGGACAUCAGCCCUGUUUCAGAUGAUCAGCUAAUGGAGGAGGUAGCUGAGGGCUUACGACAGGAGCAGUCACAACAGUCACAGCAGAACACAUCUGCUGCUCCUGAGGAAGUACCAGUUGAGACUCGGAGAGGUUCCAAACGCCCUGAGCUGCGUCGGGACGCUGCUGCCCCGCCACCCCCUCUGCAGCCUCCGCCUCCAGCUCCGGUUCAGCAGAAUGCAGAAAGGCCUCCGGACUCACUGAGUCUUGCUCAACUAAGGCUGCUGGUUCAGGAGAUGCCGAAGGUUGAGCAGCCCGCAUAUGCGUUCGAAUAUGCCGAUUCUCAACCGUUCGCCGAAGAAGUCGAAGAAUGGUUCCAGUACAGUGAGUUUGAUAGGGUCAUGCUCAUUGGCAUGAAGUCGUCAUUUCAACUCAGAUGGAAUUCUUUUUGCGAUGAUCAGCCUGCGGACGUUUCCCCGCAGUCUUGGCUUGCCACCUCUUAUGAUUUACGAAAGACGUUUAUGAGCCAACUUAUUAAUACCUUAGAGGACCGUGCAGUUUUGGUCCGAAUUGAGGCCUUGGAGGCUCUUUGCUAUACCUUGACCGGUGUCUGGGGCGCUACGGCUGGGCGAGUUGUGGAUGACCUCUCGGAAGGCGGUUCUCAGCCAGGUGCCGAGAUUCCCGAAAGUCAGUCACUACAGAUAAAGUGGAUUGAACAAAACGUCGCCCUGGUCCAUGAAUGCUCGGGACUUCAACCGCUGGUGACCUGUUUGUGCCGUGUCUUUGAGAGACAUCGCCAGUCAUCCGCGGUGGACUCGGAGAGCGCUGGGCAAGAGGGCGUCAAUUCUGCAUACAUUGCUGCUUUGGAGCGAGAGGCAAAUUUGGUGUUGACAGCUCUCUAUCUGGCUGUGGAAGUUGGUCGGAAGCAAGACGCUGUUGAUCCCCAGAAAGCCCCUCUAAGGGAUACUCUUAUGGGCCUGGAGCCAAAUCUACUGGUGUUUCUGGUGGAGAUCAUUGCGCGGUUGCGAUGGGACGAUUCGGCCAAUGUUCCGCUGACCCGGGUCAUUCUCCUGUUUUGGAAGACUUUGCUCCUUUUCUUUGGAGGCAGUAAUAAAUUGAAGGAAGCCAAGGAGUUACUAGAGCCGUCCCUCAAGGCGAGGGAGAACGCCUCUCCCCGAAGGACUCCGUUCCUUACUGCCUCACCUUUGGAUUACCACAACUUUCGACAGGAGAUUACGUCCAAAUAUCCUGCCUAUAACCCGCCGCCCCCUGUGGUUCCUCUAGAAUUAGAAAAUAAUUCGAUUCUUCCACCGCUUCCGCAACACCCUAGCAGAGUGGGCUCUUCCAACGGUCCCUUCUCGGGGGUCGGCCCUUCUGUGACAGGUGGCAGUGGCUCAAUCAUCCAUCAUCCUGUUCACAUCGCUACACCAGCACCUUCUCCUCCACCAUCGCCUAUUGGUCCUGGCGGUAAAGCCGGAAAGAAGCAAAACUACCAGACGAACCAGAACUUUCCUUUCAUGUAUCCCCCUCUAGACGAUUCGAGUAAUGACCUUGGAGGAAAGGGCACGACUGAGCUGCAAGAUGCUCUCGUAGGACAGAAGUGGCAGGGUAGUGAUGUCCCGGCUUCUAUCAUUGAGGCUGGGAGGCUUUUCUCGACACAUGUCAAAAUGACCAGGGCAAUGCGGCAACUCUGGGAGGAGCGGGAGCGUUUCAUGAAAUAUGACCGCGGCUGGUACGCUGAUGAUGGCCAUCCAUUCUCAGCCGAGAAUCCAGUUAGUGGACUGGCCGAUGAGCUGCAGGACCUGAAUUUUCCGGAGAGGGAGUCUAGCGUUGACAGCUCCCCGGAGAGAGAAACGGACAAUGCGGACAUCCAGCGACGCCUAGAUGCCGUCGAGUCGUUUUAUAGACAAGCACUGGUGCAUCUGCAGUCGAUUACGAUAGUCUUCCUCAAAAUCAUCCUAACAAACGUCAGCGCCAUGGUCAACCAGGCUGCUCAGGCCAUGGGUGAUGGUUAUGGCUCGGUCAACGGGUUUCCUGCCAAUCAUCCGAACGGUCACAUUGAUUUGAAUUCCGAAGCCGCGAUAGAUGAACUCGACAACAUCCGGCUCCGGGAGAUUACCGGAAAAGCGAUCUCUGGUUCUCUCCUCCUGCUUGUCAAGUGGUUCAAAAGAUCUCAUAUCCUGAAGUUCGAGUAUAUGACGCAGUUGCUGCUCGACUCCAACUACUUGCCGUUGAUUCUGAAGAUGUUUGCCCACCAGGAUGUGGACCAGGCAGUGGCGCAGAAGAAUGACCGGGAGGAAUUGGGUUUCUUCCGGUUUUGCCAUCUUCAUUCGAAUCAGCCACCCGAAUCGACGACCGACUUAGACGAAGACUCGUCACCUAGCGACGACGAGGCCGUCCCUCCACCUAUUACCCGGCAUCGACAGGAUACCGACACCUCAGUGCGAGGAGUGUUACCCGACGUCUCCAUUCCGGAGUUUGUGGAAGGGCCUCAUCGCCCGGAGGUUGACGAGCUAGGAUAUCCUACCGCACCACCGCCGAAGGAGCCGAUCACGGUGUUCUCGUUCCGCAACUUUUUCUCUGCCAUCAAUUACCUCCACAUCAUGCAGAAGAUUACCCGCGACAAGGCCCACCGAUGCCUUCUCCUUGUGCAAUACAAGUCUAGCACGAUCCUUCGCAAAGGACUAAAGAUACCCGAUCCUCAUCUACGUUUCUACACGCUCAAGCUCUUCAAAUCGCAGGUGCCAUACUGUGGUCGCAAAUGGCGACAGAGUAACAUGCGCGUGAUCACGGCGAUCUACCUGUACUGCCGCCCAGAGCUCCGCGAUGACUGGUUGUCUGGAGGAGAUAUCGACUCGGAAGUUGAAGAAGCGCUGCCGCUGGAACAGGCACUCCGCGGGCUGACACACUGGUGGCACCUGCGCCGGUACAAGGACGUGAUGGGUGGCGAGGAAGGCGCGUCGCUCAUGGAAGAAGAGCGAGAUUUCUUCGUGCGGGAACUCGAAGCGAUGGGAUGGGGAGUAGCUGGUGAGGAAUCGUUUGGGGGCAGUGAGGAAGCUGAGAUGGGCGCUGGCGGGCCGAUGGUGAACGGCACCGAAUGGGACGGAGCUCCACUGCAAAUGGAAGGAUGGUGAUGGACUCGUUACAUACGACAUCUAGAUGUCGACAUCACGUUUUGCUGAUCCGACAGGCUAGCUUCAGACGAGUGAAUACAUACAAUAUUAUAC